AUGGCACAGGAAGCCCUCGAUCGCGGUCCCGGCACCCCCGACUUUACGCUGUCCGCCAACACGCCCGCCUGGCGCAGAGCAGACCUCGAACGGGAUCGCACCAUGUCCAGUCUUGGCCAGGGUUUGCAGCUCAUCUCGGAAGCAGAGAGAUCAGCAGGUCCCUCGUCGGUUCCCGCAGCAGCAUCUCGAGCACGAUCAGAUAGCGACGCCAGUGGUUCCUCUGAUUCCUCCGAUGCGCACAAGAAGAAGGCUGCACCCACCACCGCAUUCAGCAGACCAAGGCUGUCGACGUUGCGAUCCUUCUUCUCUUCGUUCUCGGCAAACAACCCAGCGGGCGACACGGGGAACACCCCUCAAAGCGAGAACAUGGACUCGAGCGACGCCGCAUAUCGUCACCUCCCUAUGCGACCCCAGCCGCUUGUCAUGCCGUCUGCUAGACCAGCUGCGCCCGGCUUGAUGGGUCUCAACGACGACAGUCCCCCUCUCACACCCAUCAGCGAUCCGGACGAACAAAGCGAGUACCAGCAGUAUGUCAAUGCAUUCCGUCAGCAAAUUGUGCCUAAACAAGCGAUUCGCAGCCACGGACCGCCAAAGCAUCAGUGGAGCGCAGCACAGGCCGCCGCCGACGCCGCUCAGAUCGGUGUGGACGACAGGAGUCGUCUGACCCCACCAGGCACAUCGCAGUGGCCCUUCACACCGCCCCUGACCAUCUCGGAUGCCGCUUCGCCGGUAGCGAGCUCGAGAGCCUUCUCGCCCCCCACCCGCCCGGACUCGACCCUCACGUCCUCCGGCCUGUACCCGGGCAUCCUUCCCUCGCACCUCGUCUCCGGUGCUGCAACCGGAAGCCGCUCGACCACACCUACUUCUUCCACCACCACUUCCGCUUCCGACCGAUCCACACGCGCGUACAACAUGUUCGACGUCGACUCGUACCGCAUUGAGAGUGCAAGCAAGAUGCUUCUCUCCCUCGUACCACGCAUCCAGAUCAACCUUAGCUCGUGGCGGCUGUCCAUGCCCAACAUCCGACCGUAUCUACCGCGACUUGCGUUCCUGCUCGCCAUCUUUGUCGCUUCCACCUGUUGCAUCGUCUUCAUGCUCUCAACGCUACCGCUGACGCUUCCCAAGCACAUCACCAGCCUGACGCUGGCGGAGAUCAAGGAGCUCGCGAUGAGUCUCAAGCUCUACUCGCAGAGCAGCAGCAGGGCAUUCGUGCACACGCUCGUGGUGUUGGGUACGUUCUUCACGUGGAAGCAGUCGUUCACCGUUCCGGGAAGUUUGAUCAUGAACGUCGUGUUCGGAGCGAUGUACGGGACGUAUUCGGGUACGCUGUAUACGUCGGUGUUGACAUCGGUGGGAGGGGUGUUUUGUUACUUGUUGUCAGCGCCGUUGGCGCCGGUGAUAACGUCGUUGCCCGGAUUGGCCAAGCCGUUGGAUGCGAUGCGCAGAGCCUUGUCUCCCGGUAGGGCUAGGGCUUCGGGACGAAGUGUCAUGAUCUCCAACUCGAACGGUGGAGCGGAUGGAAACGUCUGGACGUACCUGCUCGUGCUUCGUGUUCUACCGAUCGUACCGUACGGUCUGAUGAACAUCGCCUGCGGCGUACUCGGCGUUCCCCUCGCUCCCUACGCCGCCACCCUAGCCGUGGGCUCGAUCCCUUGGAACUUUGUCACCUGCCAAGUCGGUGAUUUGCUGCAGGAGAUCGUCGAAGCACUACCCGUCAACGACGCAAUGACCGUUGGUGGAUUGAAGGACAAAGCGGCGAGCAGUGCCGGUGGUGGAAUGCGUGCCAUCGUCGAUCGGAUCUGGAACAGGGAGAUGAUGGUCAAACUCGUAUUGUUGAGCGUGGCGAGUUUGCUGCCCAUGGUGCUGGGUAGAUAUUUGAAGAGGAGGCAGCAACAGCAGCAGGCUCAGAUGGACGGGUACGAGAGGUUGGAUGAGAGGGACCACGCGGAGGAUGAGGUGGAUGAUGAGGAGUCGGAUAGACCCGGUUCGAGGAGAAGCUCGACAUUGUGGUUGGGUGAGCAGGGUGCGGGCAAGAGGUUGCCAACACAGACGGUCGAGUUGAACGAUAUGGUUGCGGAGGCGGGCGUGACACGGAACAAUAGCAUCAGGAAUGCUUGGAUGUAG